CCUCCUUCUGCCCCCAGCUGGCAGCUGGAGGAGGAACAUAAAUUCUGCAGCCAGGACACACGGAAACCUCUGUCUCUUUCACUGGCACUUCGCGGAGGUUGCUGACUUGCAGUUGAAAGCACCGCAACUCCACGGCCUGGCCCGGUGGCCCCUUACCAACAGCAGCCGCGUCUCAUCCGCCUGCGGGAUAGCACCUUAGAAGCGUCGCUCUCAACCAUCACAGUGUGAACCAGCUCGGCCCUUACGUUGGUCUCACUCCUUUAUACCUGCAACAAUUCCUGCGGCUCGUUUUACCAUACAGCCGGCCUGCCACCAUGGAUCCCAAAACCAUCCCCACCCACCUCCCACCACGCUACGAGAUCCGCGUGCUCGAACCCAAGCACUCAGACUGGGCAAAGGCCAUCGUCUUGCACAGCAACCUCUUCUACUCCCGUCUUUGGCCCGCCCUCUACCCAGAGCACAGAACCCGGCGCAUGUACGCCGGCUUCCGCGGAGCAACCUACCUCGUCGAGCACCAAAUCAACAGCGGCCACUCGCUCGGCGUCUUCGACACCGAAUACACCUUCAAGCGACCCGAGUCAGUGGCGACGGGCGGCACGCUGUACUGGGACCUGGAGGACGAGUCGCCCGACGGGGACACGCUGCUCGCGCAGAUGGACUUCCCGCUCGUGUCGGUCGCGCUGGCGUACGACGGCUUCCACACGCUCGACAUGGCCCAGAUGGCGCCGCUCGUCCGGGCGCUGCCGGCGUUUGGGGCCGUCUUCGCGCUGCUGGCCCAGCUGGACAGGAGGGAUCCGGAGAGCUGGAAGCCAAGGGCCGAGGGCGAGGUGCUGAUGCGGAACGCGACGAGCACGAGGGCGGAUUACGAGGGCAAGGGGUUGAUGAGGAAGCUGGCCGAGUAUAUGAUGCGGACGGCAGCGGCGAAGGGGUUUCGGGGGAUCCAGAUCGAGACCGUGUCGGAUGCCGUGUGCAAGGUCUGGAGUGCGCCGCCUGAGCCGUUCAAGGGGGAGAUCGUGUGCGAGUUCUAUACCGCAACGGCUGAGCUGGGGGAUGAGAAUGGACAGAAGACGUACCCGUUUCGGCCGGCGGAACAGAGAAUUACGAGGGUGACAGUCGUCCCGAGGGUGACUCUAGACGGAGUAGACGUGAUAUUCCGCUUCCAGUCGGGGACGGUUUACAACCAUGUCGCUCUUUGCGAUGGCACUGGCAGUGUUACUGAUGCUAUCACCUUGAUUGAUUCCGACACCAGACACAUCCGGAAGACCACAAACGAAGCCACAAUCACCAUGUCCGACCCUCACCCACAAGGCGGCAACCUCUUCGACAUGGCCAAGGAUGGUACCAGAGUGCCCGAAGACGCUGCCAAGCCCAAUGUGAUGCCAGCCGGUGAGGGCCUACCAAGCCAGAAGCGAGAGGGAGGGUGA